GAAUUCUCAUGGAGUGAGGACGGUUUCAUGCUGGUCGACCGUCUGGCCUCUGAUCUAGGCUCCAUGUUGGACGAUGAGUUCUGCAAUGCCUAUGAACUCACCUAUAACACCCUAAACAAUCUUACCGAGGUGGACACAGGGCCCUAUCGUCACGCCGUGUGGAAUUUCGUCCAGAGCUUUUUUGGCGUCUGCCACGAAGACGUGCGUUUCGAUAAGCUGGACUGUUUCUUCCGGGAGCCAGAACGAGCCUUCCUGAAGGUCUGUUGUACACGGCCUGUCGAUUUAUGCCAGCUCAAGCCCAAGGCGGUGUGCGAACUGAUGCCGGCUCUAACUCCCAGUGAAAUCUCGUCAGGUAGCUGCACUGGAAGCCGUGUCAACAGGACUGUGGGGGCUUUCAGUCUGGGCGUCAUUUUGAUGAAGGCUGCAGACGUGUGUGGGCUAAAACUUGGUAAACACGCCCAACCAACCGUUCUUUUGUAUGUAUUUAUCGGUGCUUGUCACGUUUCUCAAACCGUGGCCCCCUGA